AAAAAGUGGAAGGGAGGCCAGACAGGCGUGCUCGAGGACAUCCGUUCUCGAGGGAGAUUUUAGGUGCACCUCUACCUGCGAGUUUUAGGGAGAUAAAUUUGACCUUCGAUGGGUCGAGCGAUCCAUCGAGGCAUGUGAGGGCGUUUGAAUAUAUGUCCGUUUUUCACGGGUACUCAGAUUCGGUCAGCUGGAGCGCAUUCUUGUCGACCCUACGAGGAGGUGCGCUCGACUGGUUCCACCAAUUAGCUCCUGAUUCGAUCAGAGAUUUUGAGGAUUUUGCAGGACAACUUACCAAUCAAUAUUCGAGUGCGGUCGCGCAGGAGAAGACAUAUCUCACCCUGAUGGCGAUGCGGCAGGGCAAGAGAGAGUCUUUGCGAAAAUACAUUGCUCGGUACAACCAGAUGUGCUUGGAGUUACCUACGGCGGUCGAUGAGGUGAAGGCAGGGGGAUUGAUUAGGAGUCUACGACCAGGGCCAUGCCAGACGUCGUUGGAAAAGAUGCCUGCUCGAACUUACGAUGAGGUGCUGAAGAGAUGCAGGAAUAAGGAGGUCACAUGGCCGGCGACGAGAUUCGAGGGGCCGACGAAGCCCAGGUCGAACAGAUACUGCAGAUUCCAUAGGGAUUACGGACAUACCACGGAGGAUUGCAGGCACCUGAAAGACGAGUUCGAGCGUCUCACAAGGGCAGGACACUUAAAAGAGUUUGUCAUCUGUGAUCGACCACGAGGUAAGGAGAAAAGAAGGUGCAGGGAGGAUUCAGUGGCGAGAAGUGACAGGGACGAUGACAGAGAAGUCGAUUCCAGGAGGGAGAAGAGGAGACGAGGUGAUGAUGCUCGAGAGGAGCCGAGAGUGGAGAUGCCCGCGAAGAGGGGCACAAUUUAUAUGAUUUUCGGAGGGCCCACAGAUAGAGACUCGAACAAUGCACGAAAGGGGCAUGUGCGAGCCAUAAAACGCAAGAGGGAGGAGGUCGGGAUAACUGUUCGAAUGCCGAUGAUCAACUUUCGAGCAGAGGAUGCGGAGGGAGUUUUGCUGCCCCAUAAUGACGCGCUGGUCAUCACGACGGAAAUAGCGGGGUUCGACGUGAAGAGGGUGUUCAUCGACACUGGGAGCUCGGUCGAUGUGAUGUUCUAUGACUGCUUCGCGCAGAUCAACAAGCAUUUGAAUCUGGAGUUGAAACCAGUAGCGACGGCCUUGUAUGGUUUUAAUGGAGCUGAGGUGAUGCCAAUGGGUGAGGUGAGUCUAACUGUGGCGUUAGGGUCGGGGGAUACUAGGAAGGUAAGGAUGGUGAGGUUUGUAGUGGUUGGUAUAGAGUCUUCGUACAAUAUCAUCCUGGGGCGGACAGGUUUGAACGCGUUUCAAGCAGUCGUGUCUUCAUACCACAUGAUGAUCAAAUAUCCUGUGGGCGAAAAUGUGGGGGAGAUUGCUGGGGACCAGCUCACAUCGAGGAGGUGUUACCAAACCACA